AUGAGACUCCCGCUCCCGACGAUCGGUGCUGGACCAUCCAGUCGCGUCGGAGCGUUCAAGCUGCCUCUCCUCGCGUUUGCCAUCUUCUCCAUUACAGCCCUCUUCCUCUCCCCACAUCAACAACAUCGGCUCUACGCGCUGUUGCUGCCAUCGCCCACCGUACCAUCGGGCUGGUUCAACGAUGCCGGGUACCUCCGGCUCAAUUACUCGGACCCAUGGUCGACCACGUACGAGACGCGGGCGGAGGCGAUGGAGGGAUACGCGUGCGACGAGGAGACGGUGACGGACGGCGGGGCGGUACUGUGCCAAAGCAAGAUACGGCUGUAUCGGGCGAUGCGUGACAACUCGGCCGCGCAGCUCCGGGUCAGCCAGGCGGCUCUAGAUGGGAAAGUCGGCGCAGAGGGGGACGCGGACGCGGCGAUCCUGGAGGCUUCAUACGCCGAGACAAAGCGGUUGAGGGGGAAGAGGGUGCUCUACCUCGGCGAUAGCGUCGAUCGGAUACCCUUCGACGAGCUGGCCGCCGCUCUCCCCACCUCCACCUUGAUGGUCCAUGAGCCUAUCAGCGGGGAUCCCCUCGACCCCAAAGACAACCGGGCCAACGAUCACACAACCCGGUUCGUCGGCGUCCGCCUCGUCGACUCCCCCUCCUUCUCCCCUCCUACGAACAUCACCCUCCGCGGUACAGUCCGUCCCGACGAGUUCCGGAUGGACUUCCUCUUCACCUACGGCGUCUAUGACUCCCCCGCCCACGAUGAACCCCCAAGCGACUUUCUUGAGCGCGUGGACCUCCUCGGACCCCUGCUCGGCGAGGACACCCACUAUGAUCUCAUCGUCCUAAAUGCGGGUCUUUGGGAUCUCAUGAAGUUCUACCGGAACAAUGAGAAGACAGACGUCACACACGGAGUCCUCGCGGACUGGCUCGACGCCUAUAUCAACCGCUUCAUCCUCGUCGUUGAGCGGCUACGCGUCACCUACGGUUCCCGCAUCCCCAUAGCUAUCCGUCUUACCCACGAUACCACCCACACCUACCCCGAACAUAAAGCCCAGUUCAUCCCUCUCCGCUCGGAACACAUGCGGCAAGCGCAGCGCGAGCUCGCCAGGCGGCUUAACCUUCGCAUACUGCCGUUCGCGGACCGUAUGCGCGGUCAGGCGGCACCGUACCUCCGCGGAGAUGGGUAUCAUCCCAGUCUGACGGCGGAUACGGUGCUUAUGGAGAUGGUGCUGAGGAUGGUUGCCGAGACGUAG